AUGGCUGAAGUCGAAGUUAUAAACAUGGACGAAAUCCGCGCUGCCUUCACAGCCGCACUCAAAGAUGUCAAAGACUGGAACAAUUCCUUUGAUUGGCCUGAGGCCCACACGUUCGUCUACAGGGAGAUAGACGGCGUCAAGAUCGAAGUCGACGUCCAGGUGCGCGAAACGCCGAUUAGCAGCGACUCUUUCGUCCAGUCGGCCAAGCGACCUAUUGCGCUCUUCAUUCACGGAGGCGGCUGGAUGGCUGGUAUCCGUAACGACUGCCCUAAGCCGAUAGUACACGAAUUCAUCACAAAGGGAUUUGCAUUCGUCUCGAUUGAUUAUCGCCUCCUUCCUGAAGUCGAUUUCAUCACGGGGCAGCUAAACGAUGUGGCAUUCGUGGAGACCUGGAUCCGAGAGAAGUUACAGUCUUGCUUGCAAGACCGGGGUGUGAAUGUGACGGUCGAUACCGACGCCAUUGUCGUCCUAGGAGGCUCUGCCGGUUCUCAUCUGGCCUCGUUAACUCCUAAGAUAUGGAAAAAGAAGCCUCAGGCUCUCCUACUUUUAGCUGGGCCUACAAAUCUCUUUCUAGUCCGGAAGCUGGGUCGCCCCUUGGGAGGCGGCAAGCUCACCGAAGUAGUCGCUCGAGUUCCCCUAGAUCCCACUCCAGAAUUCAUCAAGUCAGCAUUCUUUGAGAGCGUGCGAACUAAUUCGGCCCCAAAUUACAACGUGGAGCCCUUCUCAGAGCCUCGUUCAUUACUUAGUCUCUCCAUCCACUUGAACGAUGUCAUCCCCGAGUUCCUCGUGCUGGGACUACCUGAUGGGAAGCUGCCAAAGAAAGGUAGCGCCCCUAAGGAGAAAAUUGAAUUUAUCAGUGCAUACUUCGGGGACCUCAGCGACUGGCCUCCGACGUUCCAAAUGGUCGGCGACACUGACGAAGCAUUCGACGUAACGCAAUUGAGUCUGUUCCAUGAUAAAUUGCGCGAUCAUAACAUCCCCUCUGCUAUGCUCGUGGUGCCUCAAAAGUCUCACGGCUACGAGGGAAUGGCCAAGAUUGGCGACCCGACGCACUUGAGAUAUAUCCAGCCGGCUUGCGAGUUUGUGAUAAACAGCGUCCUGAAGGAAAACAAGGCCAAAUGA